CUCUGCUCUGCCUUCAGCACCGAAAGACCAAGAGACCUCUUUACUCAUGGCUGGAGGGAAGGCAGGAGUUCUCUGUGGCUUCUCUGGGCCACUUUAAAGUCUGUCACCAAGAAAGGGCAAGGUCUUCAAGCUCCUGCAGAAGUCUUGUUCGCUGCUUUCAGUCUUGUGGCUGCUUCUUCAAUUCUGCAUCAUUUGUGGGAAUUUGCUGAUUCCCACACUCAGAACAGAGACACAGAACCACACAGAAUGAGCGCAUGAAUGAGUAAAUCGUGACUGAGAAUCCUGAGAAGCAUGGGAGGAAGGAAGAUGGCAAGAGACGAGGAAAGCACCUAUGGCUUGGAGGAGGAUUCACAGAUCCCAAGGGGGCCCCCACUGAGGCUCAUCCUGGUAGGUAGGACCGGGACCGGCAAGAGUGCCACUGGCAACACCAUCCUGGGCCGGACGUGCUUCCUAUCCAAGCUGGGGGCUGUGCCUGUUACCAGAUCCUGCUCCUGGGCCAACAGGAAAUGGGCUGGCUGGUAUGUAGAGGUGGUGGACACCCCGGAUGUCUUCAGCUCCGAGGUCAAACAGACCGACCCUGCGUGCUUGGAGACAGCCCACUGCUUCCUACAGACGUCGCCCGGGCCGCAUGCGCUGCUGCUAGUCACCCAGCUGGGUCGUUUCACCACUCAGGACAGCCAGGUGCUGGCCCGGGUGAAGCGGGUGUUCGGGGAGAAGGUGAUGGCGCGGACUGUUGUGGUGUUCACUCGCAAGGAGGACCUGGCAGGAGAGUCUCUGCAGGAUUACGUGCAAUGCACAGACAAUCGCGCGCUGCGGGAGCUGGUGGCUGAGUGCGGGGGCCGCAUGUGCGCCCUAAACAACCGAACCACUGGCCCCGAGCGCGAGGCACAAGCUGAGGAGCUGCUGGGCCUGGUCGCUGGCCUGGUGAGGGAGCACGGGGGCGCGUACUACUCCAAUGAAGUGUAUGAUCUGGUGAGGACCCUGCGGGACUCUAGCCCCCAGGACCAAGUCAGCAAGGUGGCAGAGAUGGUGGCAAGACGUAUGCAGAGGCCGCUACGCACCAGGCUGCUAACUGGGCUGUGGGACUGGCAGAAAUCUUACAGGAAGAGUUGGAGACGGGGCGUGGCUAUUUUCCUGGGUGUGGCCUUCCUGAUCUACCUGCUGGUCUACAGAAAGGUGCAGUCAGGUAAAGAAAUGCUCCACACAGCAGAGAAGAGGCAGUCAGCACCCAGUCUCAUGUCUGAGCUCAGCUGCCCUUUGAGGGGGCUCUCAGGCCCUCUGGGACCAGCAGCGCUUUUCUGCCCCCGUUUAGGGGACCGGUCUAAAGACAAGGUGGUCAUGUCAGCGUUCAAGGCCUUUCCCCCCACUUUAGGGGACAGCCUGCGGGGCAGUGGCGUGUGCUGCGUCACUGUGUUUUUUCUUCUUUUCCUGACUCUGGAGUUACGGCUCUGCAAGAGGUCUUUCUGUGAGAGCAUCAUCCAGCAGGCACAGGUCCUCUGCCUGCAAGGGACUCCCGCUGGAGACUGGAGGCUGAGCCCUGCUGGCCCGGAGCAGGACCUCAAAGCCAAGCAGGGAAGAUGCGUGAUUAAACCCCUGGUGGGAAUUUUAUCCUGUCUUGUCUAUCGACUCUUUCCAUCAUGGUACCACAAUCUCUUCCCUCUCUCUCCAGGUGUGCGGAGGCAGCCAGUCCUCCUGCUCUCCUUCCUCCCAGGUCAGUUCUUGGAGGAGUUGCCAUCCUCCCAGAAGAAAAUGGAAGGCCUCCAGAAGAGCACAUAUGGAGCCAUAGUUGAAGGGAGCGGGGAAGCCUACUGUGGAGCAGAAUCGGGCUGCCUGAGGAUCCUCUUGGUCGGAAAAUCUGGCUGCGGGAAAAGCGCCACAGGGAACAGCAUCCUCCUCCGAAAAGCAUUUGAGUCUAGGCUCGGAGCCCAGUCAGUGACCAGGACCAGCCAGGCAGAGACGGGCACAUGGAAGGGAAGGAGACUGCUAGUGGUAGACACGCCCCCCAUCUUUGGAUCAAAGGCCCAGGACCAAGACAUGGACAAGGACAUUGGAGAUUGUUACCUGCUGUGUGCCCCAGGACCCCACGUGCUGCUGCUGGUGGCUCAGCUGGGACGCUUCACAGCUCAGGACACCCUAGCCGUGAGGAGGGUGAAGGAGAUCUUCGGGGCAGGAGUCAUGAGGCACGUGAUCGUCCUCUUCACCCACAAGGAAGACCUGGCAAAUGAGACUUUGGAUGAGUUUGUGACCCACACUGACAACCACAGCCUGCGCAGCCUGGUCCACGAGUGUGGGAGGAGGUACUGUGCCUUUAAUAACAGGGCCUCAGGGGAAGAGCAGCAGGGGCAGCUGGCAGAGCUCAUGGCCCUGGUGAGGGGGCUGGAGCAGGAGUGUGGGGGCUCUUUCCAUAGCAAUGACCUCUUCCUUCAUGCCCAUGUGCUCCUUAGCAAUGGCUGCAGGGAGUACCAGGAAGCUUACAGGUGCUACCUGGCCAAGGUGAGGCAGGAGGUGGAGAGGCAGAAGCGGGAGCUGGAGGGGCAGGAGGGCAACUGGGUGGCUAGGAUGUUUUGCAGAGUCAGGACAUGCUCGUGCUCCCAAAUCGCAGCAGCCGCCCUUCUUAUUGGGUGUGGUUUGAUUUUUAUUGGCAUUUUAAUAAACUUGUAUGUUAACCGGUGGAACUGAGCCUUUUCAGGUGAUUUCUGCCAUCAGCGCCCUCUCCCAAGGUUCGCAUCUCUGUCUGCACUGGGCACCUCAGUUUCACUCUCAUUUGGCGCCCUUGAAUCAAGUAUGCAAGAAAAAAAAUGUAUUUCCUAAGUUGUGAGGGUGAAUCAAGUAGUUCCAUCAUAAAGGUCCGGGUGUUGGUAUUCAGGCAUCUGCACUGGCCGCCCUUAGGGUCCUACAGGAUGCGCCUCAACUGCGCCCACUAAGAACACCCCCGUGCACAUUCGCCAUGUUCCCUCAUCAAAGUCAAGCCUCGUCCACCUCCUGUCUCCUUCUCUUCCACCACUCUUGUCCCCAGGGACCAGUUGGCCCUCUCUCUGCCCCCUUUUCUGACCCUUCUCUCCUCCUCCAAUAAACCUCCACUGUGAGCCCUGCUGUAGGGCUUUACUCCUUCCUGCUGAUGUUUAAACUAUAAUAUUGGUGUCGGACCCGCGGCAGGCUCUUCUGGGCUUCCUCUUGCCCACUGGCAGCCUGAGGCAUGCCGAGACCCUGGAUCCCGGUCCACAUAUGACAGCCUCACUUGUCCAGCUAACAGAUUGUUGAGCCCCGUCAAAAUGGGCGUGAUUGGUGAGCCUCCCCUAGUCUGGCCAUUCCCCACAAGUGAGGAUUUGUCUCUCUGCCAUGCUAUCUCACCUCUGGAACAAGCCCUGAUAUCAGAUAACCCACGUGUCUCUUGGGGCUCAGCACGCCAUGGCCCCUGGACCUUUGGGUGAUGACCCACUGGCCAGCUUCUGCCUUCUCAGUCAAUCCCUUCUGAACUGGGACGCUAGGAAUUGCAGACCCUUGGCUCUUCUCUGCCUCGCUCAUGGGAACUGUAUCACUGUCUCCACCUCCAAGCGCUCAGGCUUUUAAGAGCUUCUAAAUUCAUCUGUCUUCGCUGUUAAAUCUGCCCAAUGCCCCUUAGACAUCAAUCCAAAUGGCUGCUUCUCAGCACCCCAUAUCCUGAUAUUUUAAGGGACCUUGGCUACAUUCUGUGAGUGAUCCAAUAGAUGGAAGGGGUGCCCUGUUUUCAAGCUUUCUCUUAUCUCCACUUCAAGCCCUCUCUACAUUCUUUCUCCCGGCUCUUCUCAGCUAUGAAGCCCGUUAAGGUGCAUUCCCCCUUUCAUUGAGUAAACAGACAACAAACUGGGGUUUUAUACAUCUAACUCUGCUUCUUUCAUUUAAGAAUUCCAAAGUUAAUUUCUGAAGCAACAGUCGGCCUCUGCCGCUAAAGCAGUUCCAUGCUGCCAGGUCCCUUUCUGCCAUCAGCCAUGCAGCAUGCGCACCCUUUAAAAGUACCCGCCAAGCAGAGCUCAUUCCCGUUGCCUGGUCUACUGUCUCUUACACCUGUCUUUGUCUCUAAUUUCCUCCCUUGCUCCCUUUUUCUCUCUCGUGCUUCUCUUCAUCUUCUCUGUCUGCCUCUUUCAAGUCCCCACUACAAGGCAGCCUUUUAUGCUUUCACUCUGCCUCCCAAUAAACCUCUUGCACUAACUCUGUUGCAUGUGGCGUGUUUGCUUGGUGGCAUAUCGGGCAGGGCCCGCCAGAGGUAGCCACUUCACGCUAGGAGCCUACCCGCCUGAUCCACCUGCACAGAUCCACUCUCUUCCACCUGCAACAAAUCUGCUUCCUGAUCUGAUUUCUCGUUCACUGACAGCUUUACCUUCUAUUCAAUACCAACAACUGGGUCUCUGGCAGGGCUCCCUGCCUCUGACCAUUCCCCUGGAUGUGAGGCUUCAUUUCUUGAGCACAGUGCGAUUGUGUCUCUCAGGGCUCAUAGCCCUUGGCCCUGUUCUUGCGAGACGAUGUAUUGGACAGCUUGUGCCCACUCAGUCUGGUCCUCCCUGGACCCCUGGAUCCGUCUCAUCCUGGGAACUGUGUCACACACCUCCUCUCUUUUGGAGACUCACUGACCAGUAUUUGCUGGACCAGCAGUCAGGGAACUGAGAAAGAAGUCUCCACUUUUUUUUCUUUGCUUCAAGACCUGCUUGUGUCUGUCUGCUCACCCUCUCUAAAUGUCCUGUUUGCUGCAACAUGUGGGUCAGAUGAGGAGGCCUGCUUCCUCCUGCUCAGACACACCAGUUUCCCUUUCUUUUUAUUUGCCCGACUACUA